GACUUGGCUGGGCCACGAUCCUCAGUGUUUUGGCAGUCAUAUAGUGUAGUAAUCACUUCCCUGUUGAGAUUGGAAAUGUGAUUCCCCCAAUGACGGGAUCUGCUGGGAGUAGCCAAUCAGUUGAAAGGGAGUUUCCUUGGGAGUGUGCCUGCACUGAAUGGUUAAUAUGCUAUCUCAUUUAAUCUUCAGAAUCCUCCUAACAACCCAGCAAGUAAGACAAGAUAUCAUCCUCCAGGAUUUCAUAGCAGAGACUGUCAAGUGAACACUGGGUAUACCUAAUGCUUUAAGCAAGCUGUGGCACAGGGAGAGGAAGUAAUUAAUAUUACCUGGAAGAACUGAGGAAGACUUCCCAGAGGAGAUGACAUCUGAGAUAGCUCUUAGAAGGAGGGACCAGUCCCUGGAGAAGGACAUCAUUCUUGGUAAAGCAGUGGAUCUGCAUAAAAAAGGAAGACCCUCAAUGAGAUGGAUUGAUGCAGUACCUGCAACAGUGUGCUUAAACAUAGCAAUAAUUGUGAGGAUGGCACAGAACCAGUGUUUCCUUCUGUUGUACAUAGGAUCACCGUCUGUCAAAUCUUUGGCUGAAGGGUGAACCUCAGGAGUGACUUCAGUACUGAGCUAUAAGGGUGUCCGGAGGCCAUACUCUCGGGGUUUCUCCAAUCUCUGUCAGACCAACCAUGGCCAAUUUCUCCCGCGACGACGAGGCGAUGCUGCAGGCGAUGCUGAGGCAGCUGUUCCAGAGCGUGAAGGAGAAAAUCACGGGCGCUCCCUCCCUGGAGUGCGCGGAGGAGAUCCUCUUACAUCUGGAGGAAACUGAUGAAAAUUUUCACAACUAUGAAUUUGUGAAAUACCUUAGACAAUACAUAUGCAACACUUUGGGGUCUAUGAUUGAAGAAGAAAUGGAAAAAUGCACAUCUGAUCAGAAUCAGGGUGAAGAAUCUGGCUAUGACACAGUUGUACAGCAUGUUACUAAGAAAACUCAGGAAUCUAAAGAGUACAAAGAAAUGAUGCAUUCCUUGAAGAACAUCAUGAUAGUGGUGGUGGAAUCUAUGAUUAACAAGUUUGAAGAAGAUGAGUUACGAAUUCAAGAGAGGCAGAAGAAACUCCAAAAGGAGAAAAGCAGUAGUUACUGCACAGACAAUUGCUCUGAUAGUGACUCAUCAUUCAACCAGAGUUACAAAUUUUGUCAAGGAAAAAUACAAUUGAUUUUAGAUCAGUUGGAUCCUGGGCAACCUAAAGAGGUGCGAUAUGAAGCUUUGCAAACAUUAUGUUCAGCCCCUCCAUCUGAUGUUCUGAACUGUGAAAAUUGGACCACUCUCUGUGAAAAACUGACAGUAUCUCUUGCAGAUCCUGAUCCUGUGUUUAGUGACCGGAUUUUAAAAUUCUAUGCACAGACAUUUACGCUUUCACCGUUACACAUGACUAAAGAAAUUUACGCAAGCUUAGCUAAACAUUUGGAAUUAUACUUUCUUUCUAGAGAAAAUCAUGUUCCUACUCUUUCGGCUGGUGUAGAUGUAACUAACCCUCAUGUGAUCCGUUUACUUAAAAAGGUUCGUCUUCUAAAUGAAUAUCAGAAAGAGGUUCCAUCUUUCUGGAUUCGUCAUCCAGAGAAGUAUAUGGAGGAAAUUGUGGAAAGUACUCUGUCAUUGCUAUCAGUUAAACAUGAUCAAAGCCACCUUGUCUCGCGAAAGAUUUUGGAUCCAAUUUACUUUCUUGCAUUAGUCGAUGCCAAGGCUGUGUGGUUCAAAAAGUGGAUGCAUGCAUAUUACAGUAGAACUAUACUACUAAGACUUCUUGAAAAGAAAUACAAAUCUCUGAUAACUACAGCAGUUCAGCAGUGUGUUCAGUACUUUGAAUUGUGUGAGACCGUGAAAGCUGAUGAAAUUUUGAGACAGUCAAAGCAUUAUGGGAACAAGCAGAAAAAUUUCUACUACUCAGGACAAGAUUUACAAUAUAUUUAUUUCAUUCACUCACUGUGCCUUUUAGGAAGGUUAUUGUUCUACACACAAGGCAGAAAGCUCUUUCCCAUAAAGUUGAAGAAUAAAAAAGAUUCAGUAUCUCUUACAGAUCUGCUGGUUCUGUUUACCCAGCUUAUCUAUUAUUCACCAAGUUGUCCAAAGACGACGUCAGCUGCACACUCAGAGAAUUACUCUCCUGCAAGUAUGGUCACUGAAGUUCUACGGAUACUCUGUGAUCAAAAAGAAUGUGCAAUUGAAUGCUUAUAUAACAACACUGUGAUAGAGGCACUUCUUCAGCCUAUUCAUAAUUUAAUGAAAGGAACUGAGGCUGCUUCACAUUGCUCUGAAACAGCUUUAAUUCACAUAGCUGAUAUUUUGGCAAGAAUUGCAUCUGUAGAAGAAGGUCUUAUUUUACUUCUUUAUGGAGAGAAUGUGAACUCUUCUGAAGAAGAAAAUCCUACAGGUGCUCACGUAAUUGCCCAAUUUUCAAAAAAACUUCUUGAUGAAGAUAGUCCCAUUUUUUCUGGAUCAGAGAUGUUGCCUGUGGUUAAAGGAGCUUUUAUUUCUGUGUGCCGACAAAUAUAUGGUACUUGUGAAGGUCUGCAGGUGUUAAUUCCUUAUAGUUUGCAUGAAUCUGUAGCAAAAGCAUGGAAGAAGACAUGUUUGCUAUCAGAAAGAAUUCCUACCCCAGUAGAGGGUUCUGAUUCUGUUUCUUCAGUAAGCCAGGAAUCCCAAAACAUUAUGGCUUGGGAAGAGAAUUUAUUAGAUGAUUUACUAAAUUUUGCUGCCACCCCCAAAGGACUACUACUUCUUCAAAAAACAGGUGCUAUCAAUGAAUGUGUGACCCUAAUGUUCAACCGAUAUGCAAAAAAAUUACAGAUCAGCAGGCAUAAAAAGUUUGGCUAUGGAGUUGUGGUUGCUCAAGUGGCAUCAACAGCAGCAGGUGCAAUAGCGUUACAAAAUUCAGGGUUUAUUAGUGCACUUAUAACUGAAUUAUGGGCCAAUCUGGAAUGUGGAAGAGAUGAUGUCAGGGUAACCCAUCCUAGAUCUACUCCAGUGGAUCCUAUUGACCGAAGCUGUCAAAAGCCUUUUCUAGUACUGGUGAACUUGUUAUCCUAUCCUGCUGUUUAUGAGCUGGUAGGCAAUCAAGAACUUCCUAAUAAAGCAGAAUAUUCUCUUCGUGAAGUCCCGACAUGUCUUACUGAUAUUAUUGAUAGACUUAUAAUUUUGAAUUCUGAAGCUAAGAUUCGUUCUUUAUUUAACUAUGAACAAUCACAUAUCUUUGGACUAAGGUUAUUAAGUGUGAUAUGUUGUAACCUGGACACUCUUCUCCUACUAGAGGCUCAAUAUCAAGUAUCUGAAAUGUUACUAAAUGCUCAAGAAGAAAAUACCUUAGAGACCUCUGAGAACUGCAGAGACUUCAUAAUUGAUGGUUUAUCAGUGGAGAGAAAUCAUGUUCUUGUUAGGAUAAAUCUUAUUGGUGGGCCAUUAGAGCGGAUUUUGCCUCCAAGGGUACUGGAGAAGGGUGAUGAUCCAUAUCCUUGGCCAAUGUUUUCAUCAUAUCCUUUGCCAAACUGCUAUCUUUCAGAAGUUACAAGAAAUGUUGAUACAAAGCAUGAUAAUGAUCUUAGCAAGCUUUUAUUAUGCCUCAAAAUUACUGAUAAACAAACUGAGUGGAUAGAAAACUUCCGAAGACAGUUUUGCAAAAUGAUGAAGACCAAACCUGAUGUAAUCAGUGGAGCUGCUUUGGUUGAAUUACUUGAAAAAUUUGUGUUUCACCUUUCUGAAGCCUCAUCUGAAUGCUACUUUCCCUCAGUGGAAUAUACAGCUACUGAUGCAAAUGUGAAGAGCGAAAGUCUUUCAUCUGUGCAGCAGCUUGGCAUUAAAAUGGCGGUCAGGUAUGGCACAUCCCUCAACCUGUUAAAAGAUGAUGCAGAAAAUCAUCUUUCCUGGGUCUUAAAGCACUGUGAGAGAUUCCUGAAACAGCAGCAAGCUCCCAUAAAAUCUUCUCUUCUCUGCCUGCAAGAGAGUUAUGCUGGCCAUGACUGGUUUGUAUCUUCUCUGUUCAUGAUAAUGUUGGGGGACAAAGAGAAAACAUUCAAAUUUCUUCAGCAGUUCUCCCGGCUUCUGACCUCUGCUUUCCUUUGGUUGCCAAGACUGCAUAUUUCUAGAUACCUACCCGUCGACAUUGUAGAAUCUGGCAUCCAUCCAGUAUAUUUUUGCAGCACUCACUAUAUUGAAAUGCUCCUGAAAGCUGAGGUGCCACUUGUGUUUUCAGCUUUCCACAUGUCUGGUUUUGCCCCAUCACAGAUUUGCCUGCAAUGGGUAACUCAGUGUUUUUGGAAUUAUUUAGAUUGGAUAGAAAUCUGCCAUUAUAUUGCUACUUGUGUUUUCCUUGGUCCUGAUUAUCAAGUCUAUAUCUGUAUAGCUAUAUUCAAACAUCUGCAACAAGACAUUCUACAGCACACUCAGACUCAAGAUCUGCAGGUUUUCCUAAAAGAAGAAGCACUGCAUGGGUUUCGAGUGAGUGAUUACUUUGAAUACAUGGAAAUUUUGGAGCAAAACUACAGACCAGCGCUACUGAGAGAUAUGCAGAACAUAAGAGUGCAGAGCACAUAGGUCAUGGCGACACAGUUUAAUUUUGUUUUUUUUAUAUUUUUUUAAGGAAACAAGGGAAUUUGAUUGUUUUCUGCAUCCAUAAAAACUAUGUUUUGUGAAUGCACAUAUUAUAAAAUCAUUCCUGAGAGUUUUUAAUAUUUUCAAGUAGGCCUUAGCUGAAUUUCUAACAUAAAGUGAUUUCAGUUUUUAUAAGUGUGUUGUAAGGUGGUUUUAGAAUGGAACCUUGCUUACGUAUAGUUCUUAUAUAUGGUUAAGAGCUAUUUCCAGCCUAUGUCUCCUUUUUCACCAGAUGAUUAAAAUAUAUUUUCCAGUGAAUCUGGAGAGAAGAAGCAAUAUUCUAAAUGAUUCUUUGGUUAGCCAGGGAGCGUCAGUAGAGACAAGGAAACGACAUACUUGUUUUCUCCAUUCUUUAUGUCUGCAUAUAAAAGAAAAUAGACAAAACCACAACUGCUUAUCUUAUGUGUUGAGGACCAAAUGGUAUUUAUCAUGGCAAGUGGUGGAAAUACCAUUGUCCUCAGACAUAAUUAUUUUCGAGGAGCUUGUUUCUGAUACCUAUAUCAAUUUACGUUUUUUCAUUUGAAAUGUAGUUUCUGAAUGAUUCAUUUAAGAGAUAGGUUGGUUGUUCCAUACCAAGAAGCAUUCUACUGUCAUUUCUUAACUUUCCUUAGUUAUAGGUUUGAUUCGUACUCAACUUGAAGACAUUAAGGACAAAAGAUUUCUAAAUUAUUUUAAAUCGCUUACACUGUUUUAUUUUAUUUGAAUAGAGUCCGCUGUAAUAAGACUAAUACAUUGUGUGAAGGUUUUUUUUUCUUAUAGCUGUCACCUUUAAUAUAUGAAAAAUAAUGCGCAAAUAUAUUAAAUUGUUAAUUUUUAGUCAGCAUUCAUUUCACCAAUUUUUUAAAUUAUAGAUAGAAUUUGUUUUAUAUUCAUUGCUUAUAUCCAAUAUAAAUCAGCCAUUAAAACCAUUCUGAAGGUAACCCCACUUUUUUUCAUUUGCGACCAACAGUGGCUGGUCCACAAACUCAUUUUCCUUUUAGCAUGAUGAAACAACUGUACAGUUUUGAAUUUUGUGAUGUUUAGGGUAUUGUAAUGCCAACCUUCCAAAAUGAGAUUUUGUACUUUAAAUGCCAACGAUAGCUUCUCAGUAGUGGUGUUCCUAAAGGGCAUUGAAAAAAAUGAGAAAAGAAAAUUGAGCAAGUUAUUUUGGCGUAGUGUACAUAUUAGCUCCAGAUAGUGUGAGUUAAGAGAGUCCUAGAUGACUCAAAACACCCAGUUUUGUCUACCCUCAAACUUAAUUUUGAAAAGAUGUUCCACAGAACUUGUAAUAUAUAUUUAUGGUUGUGUGUCUUCCCAUUCCAUACCUGAGUUAUUGUGAAUAGUCCUAAGAAACUUGCAGCACUUUAUUCAUUUUUAAAAGCUCUUACACAAAAUUGGAAAUAAAAAAGUGGAGAAGGAACUGUAAAUUAAUUUUAGAUAGUCAUUGCUGAUUUUGAUUAGAAACAGAGGUAGAUACAGAUUAUAAUGAUUCCAUUGUGGAAAAGUGACUUCAGCCAGAGCCAGAGGCUCUCUUUCCUUUGAGAGAUAAGAGAUGUCUUAUGAACAAUGACUUAGCAAUUUGUUUGGUGAAAGAAAAUGUAAAACAUGGUAGUCUGUGUAUGUCUUUUUAUUUCAAAAAUACACUUUAGAACAGAAAUAAGUACAAUCCUGUCUUUGCCCUUAGUUUUUUUUUUUCACGACGUACUUUAUUUGUGAAGGGGUAUCUCAUAUGUUUUACAAAAUUUAAAUUAUAACAAAUUUUUCAUGAUACAAUGUGAACAAACUUGUGAAAAUUUUAAGUACUUGUAUAAAAAUUUGAAUAUCUGCUUUCAAAAUUUCAUUUUUAUAGUUGAGCUUCUUCAUGGUAUAAGGUAUCUAAAGUAUCUGUGAAGGUAGAAUAAGUCUCAAAAAUUUAUUAAGACUUCCUAACAAGAGUCUACCUAAAUUUAUGAUUAUUAAAUUAUGGUCUGCUCUAUUUUGGUUUUCCAAUUCCCAGAUAUUAAAGAAAUUUCUAUGAUCAUUCACUUAACAAAUAUAUUUUUUGCCUGGAAUCAAUUUUUAAACCUUCAACCGAAACUAUCCCUUGAAAUCAUUUUUAAGUUAAAUAACAGUUUAGCUCAAAUAAUAAAAAAUGUUUGAGCAUUUUGCUGAGUGUGGGUUAAAGAAUUAUAUAUAUGAGAUCAAAUUUGCAGCAGUAACCCUAAAUCACAGAUGAGCACUUUAAGAGGCAGAAAGCCUAAGGUAAUGGUUGUUAAUAAUAUGGGUAGAGAUAGUGAGAAUGGUGAUACAAUGUGGAGUAUGUAAUCUUUGUCAUUGAACUACACAUGUAAAAACUGUGGACCAGGUGUAUGUUUUAUUGUGUAUAUUUACACUAAAAAAAUAUAUAUAUACUCAUAUACAUAUACAUAUACAUAUACAUAUACAUAUACAUAUACAUAUACAUAUACAUAUACAUAUACAUAUAUAUAUAUAUGGAAACCCUGGUGGUGUAGUGGUUAAGAGUUACAGCUGUUAACCAAAAGGUUGGCAGUUCGAAUCCACCAGAUGCUUCUUGAAACCCUAUGAGGCAGUUCUACUUUGUCCUAUAAGGUGACUUAUGAGUCAGAAUAGACUCGAUGGCAACGGGGUUUUUGGAUACACACACAAACACAUAUAUAUACACACACACAAAAUAUCUGUAACAUAAAAUUCUCAUUUUUUUUUCCUCCUAGAACUUCUCUCAUCUUUCUGUAUUCUUUUGCUUCUAUUCUUUACUUGUUGGUUUUUUCCCUGGAGUUCUAUUCUAGGCCACCUUCUUUCCCUUCUUCAGCCUCUUUUCUUGGAUGAUUCAUUUCCAAGUUUCAAUUAAGAUUCCUAUACUAAUUUCUCCAAAAAAUGGGUGAAACAGGAACAACUUCCUCUCUUUUCUUGCUAGAGGAUAAGAUAUACAUAUGACUAGAAGGAAGGAAAGGAGCUCUGGUGGCACUCAGAUACUAACCUGCAAUUUGAACCCACCAGCUGCUCCAUGGGAGAAAGAUGCCGCAAUCUACUUCCUUAAAGAUAACAGCAUUAGAAAACCUGUGGGCCAGUUGUACUUUGUCCUAUAGGAUAACUGUGAGUCAUAAUUGGCUCAAAAGCACCCAACACAACAUGACUAGAAGGAAAAUAAGAAGGGAGAAGUUAGAAAAAUAGGGAAUAAAAAGUAAGUGGGCAUAUCUUGUCCUCCAUCUUUCCCCUGGAGAAUUCAGUAGGAAAGAUUUGAGGCAGAAAUCCUACGUGAAAGGGGCAAGGAACGGGGAGACAAGAAAUUCUGCUAUAUCUGGGGAUGAUUCUGCCACUCUAAACAAUUAGCAAAGUUUCGUUGAUUCUAACUUUGUAGUCUUUCCUAUGUGACCCUUUAUAUCCAGUCUCUACACUGCAACUGUUGCAGUUUAGGCUACAAUUGUGUCUUACAUGGAUUACUGCCAGUAAUUCAUUGCUUUGCUUUAUUUUCUUCAACACAGUCACUGAGAAGAUUUUAAAGCAAAAAUCUGGCAGCAUUCCUCCCCUAUUAUUGCCAGCAUUACCAAGUGUCUUAGGCUGAAUUUUCUAGAGAAGCAAAACCAGUGAAGAGUAUAUGUAUAUAUAUGCUUUAUAUAUAUGGAACCCUGGUGGAGCUGUGAUUAGGCGCUUGGCUGCUAACCAAAAGGUCGGCAGUUCAAACCCACCAUUCUCUCCUUGGAAACUCUAUGGGGCAAUACUACUCUUUCCUAUAUGGUCGCUAUGUGUUGGAAUCAACUCACGAAUGGGUUUGGUUCUUUUUUGUUUGUUUAGCAUGCAAAUUCUUUACCAAUAAGUCCAGAGUCAUUGACACUUCCUCCUUACUAGGUCCAAUAAACAAUAUCAUCAAAGUAAUGGACCAGUGUGAUGUCUUAUGGAAGGGAAAGGUGAUCAAGGUCCUUGCAGGCUAAAUUAUGGCAUAGGGCUGGAGACUUGGUAUAACUAUGAGGUUGGACAGUGAACGUGUAUUGCUCGCUUUGUCAGCUUAAGGCAAACUACUUCUGAUGGUCCUUUGAAACUGGAAUGAAGAAAAAGGCAUUGGCCAAAUCAAUAGGUAUAUACCAGGUACUAGGAGAUGUGUUAAUUUGUUCAAGCAAUGAAACUACGUGGAGUCACCACCUGGUUAAGUUUAUGAUAAUCCACUGUCAUUCUCUCAAAUCCAUCUUUUUUUUUUGCACAGGCCAAAUGGGUGAGUUGAAUGGGGGUGUGGUAGGAAACACCACCCCGCAUCCUUCAAGACCUUCAUGGUGACAGUAAUCUGUGCAAUCCACCCAGGAAUGUGGUGUUGCUUUUGGCUUAACUGUUUUCCUAGGUAGAGGCAGUUCUAAGGCUUCCUUUUGGUUUUUCCUACUAUAAUAGGAUCCAAUGUGGGGGUUCUUCCAGUUGCUUCUUACAAAUUUUUUUUUUUUUUAUAUCUAUUCAAUUAUGCAUUCUGGAACUGGGGAAAUCACUACAGAAUGGGUUUGGGGACCCAUUUAAGACAAACCAGAGCUAAAACUCUGACUGGUGGUCCAUAGUGACAUUUUGGGUUUCCUGGAAUUAGUGUGUCAGUUCAGAACCAGUAUCCAGUAAUUGCCUAAAAUUCUGAUUAUUUCCUUUUCUCCAAUGAACAGUCACUCAUAAAGACUGUAGAUUGCUUUGGGGAAGGCUAUGAGAAAGAUUAAUGGUAUAAAUUUUUGUCAGUGUGGUAGGGUCCUUCCUUAAGGGAACCCAGCCUCCCCGUCAUUCAAGGGUUUGUGGGUCUGUAAACUGGCUCAGGCCUGAGAAUUGAUUGAGGGGCUAUGAUUCUCUAUUCUGGUGAUUCAAGAUAGACUUGACCUAGAAUUCAUUGUUUAUACAGAUCAAGUAAAUAGUAGAUUUCUCAAGUAUUUCACUCCUAGGGCCUCCAUAACUAAGUAGCCAGUGUUAUAAGCCCAUGUGAGUCAAACUAUUCUGAUUACUGCUUUAACUCCAUUGUCCAUUACAGUAACCAUGCCUACCUUGUUUUUGUUGAUUAAGUGCCACCACUUGGCCCCUACUACCUGAGGGUAAAAUCAGCCCCAUUGUAGUUCAGUGUCUUAAUUCACCUAGGGCAGUUUCCAUUGUCAAAUUUGACUCACAUAAAAUAGUAAUCACAGCAGUCUUCAAGGAUGACAGGGCUCCUUUCGCAAAUUUGUUCCUCACUGUUGUGGUGUGAGGUACAUCCUCUGGGCAUUACAUGGGUGGGUCUCUGGGUCUAACCUGAUAAAUCCACUCUAACGUGCCAGUUUCCCUAAGCCUUUGGAUUCCUUCUUCUACAGCAUAUCUAGGCUGGUCUGGUACUUCAACUUGAUUUAGUGUAGACCACUUCAUAAUCCAUGCUUCAGCGAGCCAACCAAAUAAACUAUUAGAUCUUUUCCUAACCCUUCCAGCUGAAACACUGAGUGAGGAAUCUGUGCUUAGUGGGCCCAUAUCAAUAAACUCAAACUGAUCCAUCUUUAUAUUCCUUGCACUAUUAUCCUACAUCCUUAAUAACCAUUCCCACACAUAUCCCUCAGGUUUCCAUUUGUAUAGAUUAGAAAAGUCAUGCCGUUCCUUUGGAGUGUAGCAUACCUUCUCCUGGGUCACACUUUGUACUUAACAUUUUAGAGCUUGCUGGGACUUAAGUGUAGUUAGAGGUCCGGAAACAAAAAUGUGUUUUGGGGUGGGUCCUAGGAAUAUUCAACAAUGUCUUUUGAGGCAUCUACCUCAGGCUAUGUCCCAGGCAACACUCCAGGCAUCACUCCAGGUAAUAUCUCAAACAAAGACUUUUUAAGCACAGCUGAGUUAAUCUCAUCAGAUGGGGGUGGAUGAGACAAUGGUUUCACUGGGAAAUGAUGGCUUAGCAGACAACGAGGAAGCGAUGUCUUCAAAUAGCAUUAAGAGCGCUGGUUGUUGGCAAGAAUGAUUCAAUGGAAUUUAGGGCUGCAGUGUCUCCAGCUUCCUGAUUAUCUGCCCAUAUGUCCCCAUCCCAGGAUCCUAUGUUUUCCCUAUCAGUGCCCUCAUGUUAAUAUCAGACACCAUUACUAGUUGGAAAUUCAAUUAACGUAAUUCAGUCAUUCUGGGUUUGGUUUUUGGCGAUAUCAGCUCUAUUAUUGCUAUAAAUAAGUCUUUAUUUCAGGGCAGAAGUGGCAAUUUUGAGGUCUUUUCUGCGAUGCUUGAACUGUGACUCUGAAGUCCUGAACCAUCUUUUUGUUUCACCACUUCAUCUAGUGAAAGUAGGACAAACCAACCAGCUUCCCUAAACUUCUCAUUCUGACAAAAUUGCAGAAAAGUAUCAAAUGUGUGGUCACCCAGCAACUUGCAUCUUACCAAUACUUGAUCUAUUGGUGGUGAUACUUUGCAUAUUAAUAUUGCCACCUCACACCGUGGAUUAGCAGCACCAUCUUUACUACUGAAGGUAGUCAUCUGCACCUUUAAGACUAGUCUGAUUUGGGAACUAAUUUAGAAAAAUCGCCCUUAGUGCUUUUUUUUUUUUUUUUUUUUCCUA